CGUGGUCGGGUCGGGCGGCGUGACGUGAAACAAAGUAUUUGCGUGGCUCUGCUCAUACAGCCGGAGCGCCUCUCGUGUGUGAUCCAACAGCGUCGGCCAAAGUCUGCUCCGUCUAACUUUGACUUUUGUCAGCCGUGCAGGUGUAUCCGUGUGUUUGAUCAUCUUAAACUGUCACCGGUGACCGAGAACACUAAAAAAGAGGCCACUGGGAGCACUGCAUUGCCGGUCAAGUCGGGAAACUGCGUUUUGGGUGUAACUUUGCCCUUACACCGGUAGUUGAAACGCACCCACGUCGGGGCCUCGGGAAAGGAUGUCUCAUGGCAGAGGGAUCAGUCAGCCCGGCGGAGACCUUGUAGACUAAACUACACGGGGGGAAAAAGAAACUCAAGAGGACCCGCUGAGCGACCGAAUAACAGGGAUGUUUUUUUAUCAUUAUUAUUAUUAUUUUGGUUUCUCUAAACUGCUCUGGCGAGACCAGCUGAUGGCCGACAUUUUGGACAGUUAAGAGUAAUUUAACCAAAAGCUCUUGUCGCUCCGUUGCCACUUGGCUACAAUCAAGCCGUUCAGUUACGACCACACCCUCCCCGCUUCCUGAUACAGACGCAAUAUGUAGCGGGACCCACUUUCAGUUUGGAAAUCACAGUCUCAUUCAACAAAAACAACAAUAAAAGUGACUUGUGAGCCAUUGAGUUAAACGGCGUGAGAACUGGCAUGGAUGUCAAACCUGAGUCUCCGCACAGGAUACGCUGUUGUUCUCCACCCUCAUGUCCCGAGUUAAGCUGAGGAGGGCGUAUGGACAAUGCAUGGGGAGUCGGAUCUACCCGACGGACUAGUUUCUAAUCCGGGAUCGCGUAUGAAAAAGAAAAGGUUGAAAGUCCGCGGAAGGUUCGUGUCGCCGGACGACUACUGUCGGAGUCGGUUUUCCUCGGAAGCUCUCAUGGAAUGAUGAUCGCGGAGUUGCACACUCCAGCGGGUAACAGGGACUGGCCGGGGGCUGCCGUGUGUCCACCAAGCAUGAGUCUGCUUCUCAGUCUGGUUAGGGCGGUCACACUUCGCGGGAACAACUUGGAGAAGUACUCGGUGCUGUUAAAUCCUACUUGUCCAUACGCAAGUAGACAUAAAAUUACAUUUUCGUGAUAUAAUCAAAAAGACUCUUAACAGGCAUCUAUAUAUCGACGAAGUUCAACUAUUGUACAUGCUUCAAAUUGGGAAUGUGUAUGUAUUUUGGAAAAGAAAAACAAGUAGCGUUUGAUUUUUUAUAUAUAUCAUUAUUCUCAUUCUGCACUUUGCCUCAUUGAAAGGCACCUUGGUGGCACUGCAGUUUGUGUGUGAUUUAUGUGAUCAAGAACCAACCUGUGAAUUGUCCCUUUUCACAAACAUUUGGGACAAGAGUUGAUAUUGAUUGAAUUUUCCUUUUUUUUUAGCAUAUGUUGUCAGGGCAUUUUAAUACUUUAAACAUUUAACGAAAAUGGCUUUCUAGCGCCGAUCUGUUUUAAAUUGAAGGGAUUUGAAUUGAUCUUUAUUUUUGUAUAAUUAAAAGUAGUAAGGAGCAAACAUUUUGGGGAACAUGUUAGCUCAUAGAGUGGGUUGUUCAUAAUGUCUUUUAACAGUGUUUCACAUUGAGCAACACAUUUUUUCUGCCCUGAAUAACAGUAGGGAUCCAUCCCAAACAUACAGUACAUGCAGUAAUUUAGUCUCUCUCCCACUAGAUGUUUACAUUGAGAAUUCAUGUCCUUUGUGUUAACAUAUAAUGCACAGGGGAUUAUCUAGACUCUGAAGGAAUUCAAAGAAGACUGUUUGGCCAGUUGAUAUUUAAAGAUUUUGCUUUGACAAAAGAAAGUUGCGGUGUUAUAUUUUCAUAUUUUAGAAAAUGUCAAACAAUACAAUGCAGCGUACAAUAACAGAGAACUCUAUAUGACCGGACCCCUAUAGAAGAGCAUUUUACCCUUCCAUACCCCCCUUAUUAUGGCUAGUGGUGGCUCUGGCAAGUCAGCUAGUGAGGGCUCCGCCAGCACACCGAGUGGCAGCUUGCAGCAGAGGAAGAGGCUCUCCUCCAUCUGUGAUACAUGUAAGGGCAAGAUGCAGCUGGUGGCCGACCUUCUCCUGCUGUCCAGUGAGACCAGGCCUGUGAUGAACUCCGAGGGGGUGGCCGUGGCUGAGACAUUCGACCAGUGCCGUGACACGGUCAUCGCCAGGACUAAAGAGCUCUCCAUCCUCACACACGACAUCCAAAGUCAGCUCAAUAUGGGCCGCUUCACAGAGGUGGGCGACCGCUUGCUGGAGAUGGGCGAUCUGGUGGUGUCCCUGACUGAGUGCUCUGCUCACGCUGCCUACCUGGUGGCAGUGGAGACCCCUGGUUCUCAGCCCUGCCUUGCAGGGUUGGUGGAUCGCUACAAGGUGACACGCUGCAGGCACGAGGUGGAACAGAGCUGCAGCAUGCUCCGGAUCACUGCCCUUGUGGACCUUAGCCCCCAGCUCCUCUUAGAGAUCUCCCAGAACAUUUCCACCAACCUUAAGACUCUGACGGACGCCUCAUCACUGGCCAGUGAGAGGUCAAGGGACCGCUUUGCUAAAGAGCAGUUCAAGCUGAGUGUUAAGAGCAUGAGCACGUGCGGCACUGCCUUUUUGGCCUGUGUGAGAGAGGUAAAGACCCAGCCCAGCGAACUGACCAGGAACCGCUGUGUUCUGUUCAGUGCUGCUCUGGUCCAGGCUGUCAACGCCCUGGUAGGGUUUGCCACGGAGCCUCAGUUUCUGGGUAGAGCUGCAAAUAUCACAGCUGAGGGAAAGGGGGUACAGACUGCAGUUUUAGGGGGGGCCAUGAGCGUGGUCUCGGCGUGCGUCCUCCUCACUCAGGGCCUCAGGGACGUUGCACAGCAUCCUGACAGCAGCUCCAAGAUGGCGGACUAUCGAGAGCGCCUGCGUAACUCGGCAUGCGCCGUGUCGGACGGCUGCACGCUGCUCUCUCAGGCGCUCCGGGAGCGGUCAUCUCCAAGAACUCUGCCGCCAGUCAACUCCCAUUCUGUGAAUUAGUGUAGGGAGACGUGAUAUCGGCUUGUUUGACAUUAAACAAUUGCCAGUCUCCCUCUCUCUUUAUUUUGCCACACCAAAGAGACCCUCCCCUCUUGGGGUGACCAUAUUUGUCAGGUUAAGCAAAAGCAGUUAAAAUCAAAAACAAGGCAGUCUGUUUAUGUGGAUGAGGUGGAUGACCUGAGCUGGGUUUUUUUUUUUAAGUGAUUCGAAGCACAAAAACAACAACUUCAGGGUUUUACUUCACGCUGGAUGUGACAAAAGCCUUAUAGGAGAACUGACCACUUCAACACGACAGCCUGACCCAUGCUCGACUCUCAGCCCCCUCUCCUCGCCAGUAAACGGUGGUCUUGAAACCUGAAAAGUUUACCUCAGUUUUCAGCUAUGGUGAAAACAACAGCCUCGAUGAUGGAUGUAGCCUCGCUGUGUGAACCUAUUGGCUGGGUGACUUGUACGUGCUGUGUGAGAUUGGGAAGAGUGUCUCAAUGCUUGUUUUCCAACGUGUGAAUUCUUAAAGGUUAAACGCUGCUGUGAGUGUGUGCCAUAGGUUUUACACUAUAUGCCAGACUUACCAUAGUAUUUUGAUGUGUUUUUGAUCAUGCAUGUACUGGAGUAUUUAUUACAGCUAUUAAAAAUGAUG